AGUCAGGGGGGGGGGCCCCGCUGCAGGGCCCUCUGUGCGCGAUAUGGAGGAUGCCGCAGAUGACACCCCGAAGAUCCUCCUGUGCGGGUCGCCGCGGGCCGGCAAGACCUCCAUCCUCAAGGUGGUGUUCAGCAAGAUGUCUCCGCACGAGACCCUCUUCCUGGAGAGCACGCCGAAGCCGGAGGUCACGCCGGUGGCCCGGAACGCCCUCAUGAGGUUUAAGGUGCUCGACUUCCCAGGCUCGAUGUCGUUCGACGAGUCAUCCGAGGGCUGGUUCACGAAGACAGGUGCAGUAGUGUUUGUGAUCGACGCCCAGG